GGUUUUUGGUCACAUGGUUAUGGUUAUGAUUUCUAAAUAUCUAUCAUGAAGUUUACAUCCUUUAAAGAUUUAAAAAAGUUUAUUACUGAAAAAGAAAAGAACGAUUUUAUUCAAUGUUUUAUAAACGAUUCAAGAACAAUAGAAAAUGCAAGAAGAAGAGGAGUAAUACGUUUCAUAAAAGAAGAGCUCGUGUACUACGAACUAAAUUACAAAUGUAUUCAUAGUGGUGUUACAAGAAGCAAGUCCAAGGGACUUCGACCAAAACAAAGCACCUACAAACAGAAUUGUCCAUUCGUCAUGAAAUUCAGGGUUUCUUCUGAUGGCAACACUUUGGAUUUGGUCUCCUGCGUUGACGAGCACAAUCAUGAUCGAAAUCAGGAGACUCAUUCACUUCUACCUCGACAGCGUCAGCUAGACAUUGAAACCAGAGAAAUGGUGCAGCAUAUGCUGAAAUUGAGGGUCAACAAGAAAUUGCUUCAAGCUGAACUUCUCUCCUCCAAGAAGGUAUUGUUAAAGGACUUGCACAACCUCAAUGCAAAAAAGGAUUCAGAAGACAGUUUACAGGACACAUUGAAGUAUCUUCAGAACAAAGAUGGUAAUAUUGUUGAAAUUGUGAGCAAUGAAGAAAAUCAAUUUCUUGGGUUAUUCUAUCAGGACAUUGAGAUGCAAAGAACUUACUCAACUUAUCCUGAAAUUUUGUUUGUUGAUGCAAUUUACAAAGUUUCCAACUUACGAAUCCCCUUGUACAUUCUUAUUGUAGAGGACGGCAAUGGCAAUUCAGAAAUUGUGGCUCUAAUGUUGCUUGCUUCAGAAGAUGCCCUCACCAUAGAUAAAAUGGUUGAGGUAUUCAAGAAGCAUAAUCCGGCUUGGGAAAAUACAGUCACAAUUAUGACUGACAAAGACUUCCAAGAGAGGAAGUCUUUUAAAAAUGGGUUUCAAAGGGCAGAAAUGUUGAUCUGUUUAUUUCACACAUUAAGAUCAUUUAAAAGAGAAAUCAACUGUGAAAAGAUGGGAAUUUCUAGUGGAGAAAGAGUUCUGUACCAAGAGUAUGCCCAGAAAUUGACCUAUUCUAAAAAUGAGGAUGAAUAUAACUCCAUCUAUGAUGAAAUUAAAAGAUUAAAACUAAUAAAGUUCAUCGAUUACUUCGAAAAAAAUUGGCAUCCAAUAAAAGAAGAAUGGGUCCCAGCUCUUCAGACUGCGGUUAGUUUUGGAAACAGAACAAAUAACCGCUUAGAAUCGAUCAAUUCCAAAGUCAUGCAGGUUGUCCAGCGACAUUCACGGCUUCCAGAUCUUUUCAAAAAUCUUGAAUGUUUGUUGUUGAGUUUGAGAGCAGAGAGAGAUGGAAAAGCUGCUAAAGUUCUCUUGAAAGUUCCUCUAAAUGUUGAUAUUGUGCAUGAAGAUGAGAGUUGUUACUUGCAUGUUCUCACCCCAUAUGCUUUUGGUUUGAUUCAUGAUAGAUUUGCUCUCAAAGAUAAAGUUCAAAUAGUUAGUGAAAUUUCAAUUAGUGAAUUCCAGAUUGCAUCAUCACAAGGACUCCUAACGACUUCAGAGAGUAGAUGUAGCUGCCGAUUCUUCUACUCCUACAAUCUACCUUGCCACCAUGUCUUGCAUGUAAGAGAAAAACUUUCUCUGCCUCUCUUUGACAGUAUUCUUGUCCCACAAAGAUGGACUAAGGAAUUCUAUUUGAACAAUAGUCGUUUGAUGUUAACAGACACCACAAGAAGUCUUGCAGAGGCAGUCAUUACUCAGUCAUCUGUGUCUACGAAGAAAGUUUUGUCACAAAAUGAUAAAUACCGCAUGGCCAUCACAAAAAUUCAGAAAAUAGCUACACUUGCUUCGGAAGUAUCUAGUAGACAGUUUCCUCAAAGGAUGCAAGUUUUAAAUGAUAUAAUUAGACUGUGGGAACUUGAUAAAGAAGUUUCUGUUGUGGAGGUUGAAACCUUUUGUGGCAGUGAGGUUCAUCUUGAUGAAGUGUCUGUGGAAAACAACUUUGUUAAAGAAAGUUCAGUUGUAGUUGACAUUGGCAGUUUUAAUGUACACCACAACACAUUUAUAGAAAUUCCUAGUGUGGGUGACCUCAAUGAGGGACUAGGCAUGCCACAAACAAAACUGUCAACAGGUGAAACCCCUGUUCUACCUCUCAUGCCCAAAAAAAUGAAACAGAAGGGCAGGCCAAAGGGUGCUAAUAGUACUGUUAUAGGGCUUCCGAGAAAAAAGGGAAAUAACAGAAUGAUUCCGUUUGAAAGAAAGAAGAGUAGGGAUCGGCAGUUGUUGAUGCUCCAGUGGUUUAUCACACGAGAUAGAGCCUUCCUCGCACUUGACGGACAAGUUGUCGAGAAACAUGAAGUUGAAGUGAAUGAGAAUAAGGUGAGCUCUGGAUGCUUGGACAGUAGAUGUGAAAUAAAAUCUAUAAGAAAGUACUUCACAUCGGACGCGUGGAAAAGUAUUGAAAGUUUGGUAAAAUUCAAAAGAAACAAUCAUCCAUUUUUUGUUCAGAAUGCAAGUUGGAUUCUUGUGAAGAUAGUGUAUCAUGCAGUGGUUGUUUGGAGAACUUUCAUCUUAGGUGUAGUGGAGUGAAAGUUCUCUCCAAAUCUAAGAAAUGGUACUGUAGGCGUUGCUAUAGUCAGCAUGCAAGCACUGAAGUUUAAGACGAGAGCCCACGGAGCAACUGUUUUGCAACAACAGUUGCUAAACGAUUGCGCUUGCAACAACCAGUUUCCAAUC